AUGUGCUACUCAGUUCAAGAUGAAUCGUCAAGAAUCCUGCACGAAGUUUUGCUUGCAGACCCUGCUCUCGGCCUGUCAACGCCCAUUAUCGAAGCUGCUAAGAAAGUUCAUUUCACUGGUGGCAGCUCGAAGCAAUUCGUGCCUACACCUGUAAAGCUCACGGAGUCUUCGGCCUCGCUGACCGCCUUAGUUGCUGCUGCCGCCAGUGCGGUUGCCGAGGCCAGGUAUGGCAUUGGCUAUCAAGACAUUGAAGUCAACACAGACGUCGCAACGCUGUUUCUCGAGGCUGUUCUACUCCCAACUAUCAAUGGUAGAUCAUUCAUAGAAUCGCGAGAGUUGAUGGCAGAACUGUCGAAAAUGGACUUGCACGAUAUGACAAGCCCGAUUAGACGUUUCUCCACCACAAUCUAUCAAACGAAAGAUGGUCGUUGGUUCCACUUGCAUGGAUCUAUGAAUUCAGAUCGCACAAUGGACAUGAUGGGUGUCAAAAUGCAAGACGUUACCUCUCAAGAAGCAAUUCAAAUCUACAAAGAAAAGGUCCGACAAUGGGACUCGCACGAAAUAGAAAAAGUAGCAAACAAUGAAUAUCGGCAGGCGGGAGUCCUGUGCUACACUCCAGAUGAAUUCUUCGAAAGCGAGCAUGGCAAGAUUAUGGGAAAUGAACCCCUAUGGACAGCGAAACCUGUACUGAGCCCUAGGAAACCUUGGCCUUCGUGCUCGGAUUCUGGUAAUCAAUACAAACCGUUGCAAGGUAUACGAGUCAUCGACUACUCUCGCGUCAUUGCAGGUCCAGCAAUCUCAAAGAUUCUUGCUGUGCUUGGCGCAGAUGUCAUAAGAGUCUCGUACAGCGAGAUCCCUGAGUAUGCAGUUACAAUGGUUGAUAUGCAGACUGGAAAACGCGACGUCGAUCUUAAUCUAAAAACUCCUGAGGGUAAGGCCACAUUUUCUGAAUUACUCCAAGGCGCAGAUGUUCUAGUGGAUGGAUAUCGUCCAGGUGUGCUUGAACGAAUAGGAUUCACGCCGACUUCAAUGCGAGAGACCAAUCCUUCCCUUAUAUACCUGAGGGAGAACUGCUAUGGAUUUAAGGGUCCUUUGGCAAGCCGCUCGGGUUGGCAGCAGAUCAGCGACUGUCUGGUCGGUCUCUCUCAUCUACAAGGUCAACUCCUAGAAGUUGAAUAUCCUGUGGUUCCCUUAUUUCCCAAUUCGGACUACCAGACCGGCCUGGUUGGUGCCACCGCCGUCAUUCAAGCUCUUAUGAAGCGGACGACGGAAGAUACAACUUUUGAUAUUGACAUCAGCCUCACUCAGUACAAUAUCUGGCUCUACCGUCUUGUAGCAUACUCCGAGUCACAGCAAAAGGACCUUCGAGCGCAGGAUCCAGAAUUCCAUCCACACCAUUGCGACGACAUGCCCAUGCUGACUCAGAAAACCCACAUGACUUUGGUCAAGGUGUACCCACAGCUUGUCAAACCAGAGUAUUUUUGGGAAAUGGACGGAAGGGAAUGGGGUAUCAAGGACCCCAUCAAGAUUCUGGCACCAGCUUUUAAAUUCUCCAAAUCUAAGCUAGAGUACAUGCACCCUUCAGGCCGUCGCGGGCGAUCAAAGACUGCAUGGUGA